CCUCCGCUUUUCACCGAGAAAAUAUCACCUCUCUCUUCUCUCUCCCAAUUCCCAACGAUCAGGCUAUCAGCGCUUCCUCAGUAUAACGGUCAGGUUCUUCAAUUGUAUACUCCUAAAAGUGCCGGAAAUUCGAAAUAUCGUCGCGUUUUAUCACUCUAAAUCACCGAAUUUCUCUCUCUUUCUUCUAUAUUUUUCUCUCUGGUUGAGCCGAUUUAUCUUUGAUUAUCAUCAUCGCCAUCAAUUGUGAAUAGAUUAACUUUGGGGAGGAAAACAAAAAUUAGGGUUUUUUUUUAUGCUUCGAUUUAGAGUUGGAGGAGGUUGAUAAUGGUGGUAGCAGCACCGAAAACGUCGAAUCUGAAGACGACCCCGAAUCUACGGUCGCAGUCGACACCUAAGAGACCUCCAUUGUUGCCGUCGGAGAGAGAUAACAGCAACAACAAUGUCGCCAUUGCAGCUCAUCAUCGGCGUCCGAAAUCUCGGGAGGUCAAUUCUCGUUAUUUGUCGACUUCUUCUUCCUCCUCAACAUCUGGUUCUUCCUCUUCAACUAUCUCCAAUUCUUCCUACUUUUCCCCCUCUUCACGCCGAUGUCCUUCCCCAGUCACCUCCAGGACGGGGACGGCCGUAGCAUCGACACCGGCGAUGAAUUCGAAUUCGGUAGUUAAGCGUUCGCAGUCAGUAGAGCGGCGCCAACCAACUACGCCGAGAUUGAGAGGGGAGAGAAUUUCUGGUGAGAUGUCUAAUACUGCGAAAUUGCUGAUGUCUUCUUCGAAAAGCCUUUCAGCUUCAUUUCAAGGGGGGUCGUUUGCGGGCAAGAAAACUACGAAAUAUUUGUAUUCUCCGGUUGCGAGUUGGAGAGCGGUUACUCCGGAGAGGAAGACGAUUCCGUCCAGGAUGACGCCGAGAGCGGGAGGAGAAAAUGCUAGGCUAAUUGAGCAGAAUCAGCCAUGGCCAGGUAGGUCGCGGCCGCCGGUUAGCUCGUUGAGUCGGAGUGUUGAUUUGGGGGGUUGUGAAGGUAAGAAAUUAAGCAAUGGAUCUACUACCAAAGUGGUUAGGGCCCUGCAAGAGUCGAUGGGUGAUUGUAAGUUGAAUAGAAGUAUGAGUAAAGAUGAUGUUGUUGAGGGGACUGGGGAUGAUAAUGCUAGUUGCCUUAAUGAGGGUUCGGAAUCGAUUGUUUCUGAUAGGGAGAGUGUGUCAUCUGAGUGCAAUUCAGCUACAGGAUCACAUGAUAGUAGUAAUGCCAGUGUUGGUCGUGGCAAAGGUAGCGGUCGGAGUAUCGUGGUUUCUCCAAAAGUUUGGCAAGAGGCUAAUGGUUUCCGGUCCAAACAUGUCUCAGAGUCGGGUUCUCCAGUGGCUAGAAGUAGUUUGUUGAAAGUGGCAGUUCUGCCUAAACUCGUCCCACCUAAGAGGUUGAUGUCGGAUAGUUCAGGUGCGUCGCCUAGAGGACCUGUCAGUAGUAGAGGAAUUUCAUCUCCUAUUCGUGGGUCUCUGAGGCCAUCCUCACCAAAUCACCUAGGGUCGUCCUUGCGGCCUGCAUCACCGAGUAUGCUGGGGACAUCUUUGAGGUCUGCAUCUCCGAGUAAACAGGGGGCAUCAUUGAGGCCUGCAUCGCCAAGUAAACCUGGGGCGUCUUUGAGGCCUGCAUCGCCAAGUAAACCUGGGGCGUCUUUGAGGCCUGCAUCCCCAAGUAAACCUGGAACAUCAUCGAGACCUGCAUCUCCAAGGAUGUCGGGGAAAUCUUUCAGACCUGAAACACCAAGUAAAUCAGGGACUUCUUUGAGACCUGCAUCACCAAGUAGACCAGCAACAGCUUUGAGGCCUGCAUCACCAAGUAAGCCAAGGACAUCUUUGAGACCUGCAUCACCAAGUAAAUCAGGAAUGUCUAUGAGACCUGCAUCACCAAAUAAGCUGGGAAUAUCCUUGGCAUUUGAGAAGGCUUCCCCCUCAGUAGGGAUGGGUCGAAUGGCUAGUCCAUCUAGGGUACGAAAUGCCGAGGCCAGUAAUGUGACCAGCAUGCCAUCAGUUCUUUGCUUUGGGGCUGAUGUUAGGAGGGUGAGGGUGGGCGAUAGCCGUCUUGGUGAUGCACAUUUGCUUCGUAUCUUGCAUAAUAGGCACUUGCAGUGGCGGUUUGUCAAUGCAAGAACGGAGGCUUCUUUGUCUUUUCAAAAGUUCAACGCAGAGAGGAGUCUUUUCAAUGCAUGGAAAACAACCUCUGAAUUGCUCGAAGCAGUCUCUUGUAAAAGGAAAGAGUUACAAUGGCUGAAGCAGAAUUUGAAGCUUGUGUCUAUUUUGAAGGGGCAAAUGUUAUACUUGGAAGGUUGGGCUCUUAUGGUCAAGGAUCAUUGUAGUUCAUUGUCUGGAGCCAUCGAGUCAUUAGAGGCUAGCACAGUUCGCCUUCCACUUGUUGGUGGAGCUAAGGGUGAUAUUCAAGAUUUGAAGGACGCUAUAUGCUCCGCUGCAGAUGUGAUGCAUGCUAUGGCUUCUUCAAUAUGUUCGCUGUUGGAGAAGGUUGAGGAUGUAAAUUUAUUGGUGGCAGAAGUUGCCAGCAUUACUGUAAAGGAACAAUCUUUCCUCAAUGAGUGCAAAGACAUAUUAUCAAUGUUGGCAGCCAUGCAGGUUAAAGAUUGCAGCCUUAGAGCACACAUGUUGCAACUGAAAUGUGCGCCAUCUAUCAUGGCCGUCGAAGUGUAAAUGUUGCACGUCAUAUGGAGUUAUUGAUUCUAACAUAACACUUUUAACUACCUACCUGAUUCACUUCAUUCUUACGUCAAACCGCCUGUUGAAAGGUGUGCCUAAGUUUUUGAUCGGAUGGAAGUUUGUCAAGAGUUCUCUGAUCAUAUUGAGGACAUCUAUAUCAGCUGUGCAAUUUGAAUGCCAGUGUGCUGUUGCAAUUUAACUUAGGAUGUCUUUAUCUAUACAGGUUUUGUCUCACACUAGAAGGAAAAUGUGCAAAAUGUACAUAUUGUAAUGAUAGUUAUAUGUGCAGUUAAGAGUGGCUGUUGGCCUAUUAUAAAAAGUUCUGGUGCAGUUUUAUUAUUAUUUUUUUUUAAUUUUUUUUUUUUUUUUUUGACAAAGGAAGUUCUGGUGCAGUUUGGUAUGGUUAUAUAAAGCUUUUGAAUUUGGCAAGUCUAA